AUGGCAGUGGGGAAACUCACAGUGUCUGGAAGUCCCACUGAGGCUGGCAGUAUGCAUCUGUACCCAUUUUCUCUUCUGCACAUUCUGCUUCUAGUGCAGCAGAAAGCAGGGGGUACCAGCAGUAUGAAUGCUCCAAGCACCUUGCCAGCCUUUCUGUAUCGGGCACUAUACACCUAUAAACACCUCUGGCAGCCCCAAUACACAGUUGUGCAGUCCCUAGGUGACUGCAGGCCAGCAACAGGUUUGCAGGACUUUUGUCCACAAGUAGCUUUGGACAAAAUUCAGGCCCAACGAAAGUUAAGCAGCACAGUCAAAGUGCUAAACACGGACCUGGAAAAUGGCUGUUCAAUGAAUAGCUAUCAGCUGCUCAGUGAUAAUCAGAGGGCAUCGGGAAUUAUUCUUAAUUUUCUGCGGCUCGGGGAGCAGCCGGCGGCGCCGCGACCGCGCAGCCUUUGUCUCAGGCCGCCGGGCGCGCGGGGCCCAGCGCAGCCAGGCCACGCGGGGACGGAGGAGGCAGAGAGAACGGGCAGUGAUGGAGAAACGGGAGAGGAGCCGGCCAAGCGCCACCGUCACCACCAUCACCAACCACCACCACCAUCACUGACCGUCGCCCAUCCCAGUUCCCCUGCCUCACCUCCCAUCUCAUAUCCCUGUGCAGUGCCAACUUUAUCAGAUCAUCUCCUUUUCACUGGGUACGACUUUGGAAAAGCGACAGAGUGCGCCAAAUUAGGAAUAAGUACAUCCGCUGUGGGACAUUUAUCUUCCCGUUUCCAUUUCGCCACCUCAAUUUUCCCAUCAGGAAAGGGGGCACAGCGGCACUUCAUUUCUCCUAAUCACACUGAGAUGGCUGGGUUGCUUCCAGUUUGUCCAGUCCUGUACUGGACGGUUAUAUAUGCUUGGUGAUGAUGAUGAUAAAAUAAUAUCUUCAUUAAGUUGGACAAUUGGGAGUUUUCAAACUUACUCUCCUUUGACUUCUGAGUGUCGAAAUGCCAGUAGCAAAUAGAAACGUAAGGAAAGUGAAAGGUUCACUAACACAAUACCAAGAAUAGAUGCAAAACAGGUACUUUUGUAGGGACAUCACCCAAGACAGCUGCAGGCAAUGCUUCUCAUCUGCAGUGUGGAAAGCAUCCCCUCAGUGCCAAGUGGCUUUGGGAGCGCCUCAAUCUGGAUGUACAGUUUCCCUUGGGGUUUUCACCCUACCUAAGGAAUGCUUUCAUUGCUGUUUUUUAAAAUUGGCUU